CCGUUAGAGGCGCGUGCGCAUCCCACAGUGUGAAGGGAGCUUGAGGAUGGAGGUGUUAAUAUUACCUACUAAGACUAAACUUCAAUAAGAUUGCCCAAUCAAGAAGGAAAAAGUGUAUUUAUGAAGUGGAAUUGUGAAAAAACUACUGAAUUUUUUUUAUAUAAGUAGUGAGGACUUUUCUAAAUAACAUACAUAAACUCACGCCUAUUUCACUCCUGGCAAUCAUGAAUCUGAAGCUAAACAAUGACGCCAGACGGAGAUCAUUGCACCCGUUGGAGAGGAAGGAGAGAACUGCACAUGCUAUCAAGGAAGAACGCCGUCGCACUGGCCGCUACAUAGCCAUCCUAGUGGGCAUAUGCCUGUUCCUGCUGGCAAUAUACCAUGCUUGGGUGCGGCGGAUCCCAAUAGUGGCCAGCCUGGUGGUGCCGGCUCUCAUCAUGUUCGUCUACGUCGGCUGGGUGCUCUACACCGCCUCCAGGGAUAAGCAUAAGUUGCUGGACGCAGAGGCAGCUCUAAACGCAGCACAGGAAGCCGAGAUGGAAGCUAUGAACGAGGCACAGAACAAUAUAGAAAUCUCAGUUAUUCCCGGCAAAGAGAUUCCGAAAGUCACUUCACCAGAUGUUCAUAACUGGACAGAGAUAUCAACAGCAUUACUUAAAGAAGUCUCCAAAGACGAAAGAACCUUCGUAAAACCGGUAAUCCUGGUAAAUGAUAAGCUCCACGAAGACUCUGAUCAGGCUUGGACCAACUUAGUGGAAAGUGUUGUUAACAAUGAAAAGUUUAAAGGUUUCCCAACUCGGAGAAAGUUUAGGAGAAAAUUUUGUAGGAGUAAAAGGAACGCUGUUUUCAAAAGGUCUUAUUCGAUAGCCUGAUUGUUAUAUUCCGUAAGGUCUUCAUUUGUAAUUUUAUUCUUAUUUUGCUAAAUAAAUUAUCAGUAUGUUA